AUAUAUAUUUAUCACUACUAAUUAUAACUACUAGUAUUGUAAACAAUAUGCUGAAAAGAUAGACCAGUUAGUGUGAGUGUGUCAAAGCUCGCCUAGUUGAAUCACCCACAAAUAUGGGAACGGGAACAGUUUCUUUCUCACCAUUUAUAUCCUUCAUUGUUUUAUUAGUCCUCAUCCAACAUACUAGCUGUGCAAAGAAUAAUAACUUCAAAUGUUCCCCUUCUUCCUGCGGCAAUAUCCCCCAUAUUAGCUACCCUUUCCGACUCGGAACCGAUCCAGAAAACUGCGGUGACCUAAGGUACAAUCUUUCUUGUGAGGACAACCAUACUAACACUGUAUUGUACUUGUUUUCAAUAAAAUUCUAUGUUCAGGAAAUCAAUUAUGAUAACCACACCAUCAGAUUGGUGGAUUCCAAUUUUCACAAGGAUAAUAGCUCCUCCAUCCCUCCUUAUUCUUUGUCCACUUAUAACUUCAGUACUUAUUCAUAUUUAUAUAGAACCAAGUUAUAUAGGCACCUCUCACAUAGGGGAGCUCAUCUAUCACUUUCAGAGCCCAUAACUUUCUUGAAGUGUGAAUAUCCAGUGAAUUCUAGUCUUUAUCUACCCAUUACUGCUCCAUACAUUAAUAAUCCAAGUGAUGCUUUUUGGUCAAGCUCCGGUUCGUUCGAAUCCGGAGGGUAUUCUUAUGUUAAGAUUGGUAGCACAAAUGCAUCGGAAUUGAAGGACUCUUGCCGUGUAAAGCAGAUACUUAUGACGUCUAAGCGAGGAAUUGCAGAAAACAGGAAUAUUUCCUACAUAGAAAUCCACAAUAUACUUGAAUACGGGUUUGAGCUUUUGUGGCUUCCCCACCAGUGCUAUCUCAAUGAAGCCAACUUAAUUCUUUGUAGACCUCAAGAGAGCUGCGAUCUUUGGGGACUGGCACCUGCCUCCUAUUCUUGCAAUAUAUUGCUUACCAUUAUUGCCACGGUUGAAUGGUGCCUGGAACUGGCAUUCUUCUACGGAGUACCAUUGUGGACAAUAACAAAAAUCAUAUUGGGGAUUCCAUGCGUGGUAGCAUUUUUAAUCUACAAAUGGCGGAAGCGGCAUUUAUCAAUGUAUAAUUGUAUUGAAGAGUUUUUACAAACUAACAAUGGCCUUAUGCCUAUAAGGUACUCAUACUCAGACAUCAGAAGGAUGACCAAGGGCUUUAAGAACAAAUUGGGUGAAGGAGGUUAUGGUUGUGUGUACAAAGGAAAGCUUCGUAGUGGCCAUCUUGCAGCUAUCAAGAUGUUAGGUAAAUCUAAGGCUAAUGGACAGGACUUUAUCAAUGAAGUUGCUACCAUUGGAAGGAUUCAUCACAUCAAUGUGGUAAAACUAGUUGGAUUUUGUGUCGAGGGAUCCAAGCGUGCUCUUGUAUAUGAUUUCAUGCCUAACGGAUCUCUUGACAAAUAUAUUUUUUCUCAUGAAAGGAACUUCUUGGGUUGCAAGAAAAUGUGUGAAAUUUCACUUGGAGUGGCUCGUGGAAUUGAAUAUCUUCAUCAAGGAUGCAACAUGCAAAUUCUUCAUUUCGACAUUAAGCCACACAAUAUUCUUUUGGAUGAGAAUUUUAUUCCAAAGGUUUCUGAUUUUGGACUUGCUAGAUUAUGCCCAUUAGAUAAUACCAUUGUGUCUCUAACAGCAGCAAGAGGAACCUUGGGAUACAUAGCUCCAGAGUUAUUUUACAAAAAUAUUGGACCAGUUUCUAACAAAGCCGAUGUUUAUAGCUUUGGAAUGUUAUUAAUGGAAAUGGCUAGUAGAAGGAAGAAUUUGGAUGCAGUUGCAGCGCAUACAAGUCAAAUUUACUUUCCCUCGUGGGUUUAUGACCAAUUCAAUGAAGGAAAUGACUUAGAAAUGGAAGAUGCAACAGAGGAUGAAUCAAAAAUAAGAAAGAAGAUGAUUAUAGUGGCACUAUGGUGUAUCCAGAUGAAGCCAAGUGAUCGACCAUCAAUUAACAGAGUCAAAAAGAUGCUUGAAGGAGAAAUUGAAAGCCUAAAAAUGCCUCCAAAGCCUUCUCUAUGUCCAGAAAACAAGCCUAAGAAUGAUAAUGAGUAGAAAUCAAAUCCAAAAUGACACAAACACUAUCAGAUGGUGACUCUGAAGAGAUUAGUUUUAACUGGAUAUGCAAAUUAAGAGAUAUAAUUGAGAAACCAUAGCUUGAUUUUUAUGGAACAGCAGAAAUUCAUAUCUUCUAUGCAAAUUUUGAUUAUUAUUUC